CUCCUAAUAGUUCUUUACUACCACCAACAUAAUUAUCUCCUAGUUCUUUACUACUACCAAUAUAAUCAUCGCCUAGUUCUCUACUGCCACCAACAUAAUCAUCUCCUAGUUCUUUACUACUACCAAUAUAAUCAUCUCCUAGUUCUCUACUGCCACCAACAUAAUCAUCUACUAGUUCUUUACUACUACCAAUAUAAUCAUCUCCUAGUUCUUUACAACUACCAAUAUAAUCAUCUACUAGUACUUUACUUCUACCAAUAUAAUCAUCUCCUAGUUCUUUACUACCACCAACAUAAUUAUCUCCUAGUUCUCUACUGCCACCAACAUAAUCAUCUCUUAGUUCUUUACUACUACCAAUAUAAUCAUCUACUAGUACUUUGCUACUACCAAUAUAAUUAUCUCCUAGUUCUCUACUGCCACCAACAUAAUCAUCUACUAGUUCUUUACUGCUACCAAUAUAAUCAUCUCCUAGUUCUUUACUACUACCAAUAUAAUCAUCCACUAGUACUUUACUACUACCAAUAUAAUUAUCUCCUAGUUCUUUAUUACUACCAAUAA